AUGGAGUUAGCUUUGAGUUUGGGAGAUACGCCAAAACCAUUUUCAUUGUUGGAUCAUCAUGACAGAUCUCAGCAACAAAAGAUGAAGGAUUUGGGAUUUUGCAUGGGAUUAGGAACCAGAAAUCUUGAGGAUCUUCACUUCAAGAAUAUGAGGAGAGAGAAGGAUGACGAUGGGCAUCGGAAAACCGACGAGAGAAUCAGUUCUUCUUCUUCAUCGGAUCCGUCACCGCCACCACCGCCACCGCUGCAGCUUGAUCUCCUUCCUUUCUCUCCUGUUCUCCGAUCUGCACCACCGCCGCCUUCUCACCGGUGCUUCCCGUGGCUGUCAAAAAACCUGAGAGCAGACCCAGGUUCACAAACUAAACCGGUAAAAGCGUUGGAUGUAAAGCCGUUGGCAGCCGUAUCUGAUCAGGAUAACGGUGAAGAACGGGUUGCCGAUGAGUCAUCUCCAAACAACAGUAACAGUGGUACAUCGUCGUUUCAGAUGGAUUUCUCUUCCAUUUUCAAGAGCAGUAACAGUGGAAGAUCAUUCCCCUCGAGGAAAAGGGAUUUGGAAUUAGCAACAGUGAACCUGGAGUUAAUAGAUGUCUCCGAAAGAGAUCAAAGAGCUUCUUCAAGAGGAGGUGGAAUGAGUGAUGAAGAUGAAAACGGGUUGACCCGGAAAAAGCUUCGACUCACUAAAGAACAAUCUGCUUUUCUUGAAGAUAGCUUCAAAGAACACAGCACCCUCAACCCUAAACAAAAGCAGGCUUUGGCGAAGCAGUUGAAUCUGCGUCCACGACAAGUAGAAGUCUGGUUUCAAAACAGAAGGGCGAGGACAAAGCUGAAGCAAACCGAGGUCGAUUGCGAGUACUUAAAACGAUGUUGCGAAACUCUAACCGACGAAAACCGAAGAUUGCAAAAGGAGCUUCAAGAACUAAGAGCCUUGAAGACUUCUCAACCAUUCUACAUGCAAAUGCCAGCCACAACUCUCACCAUGUGCCCGUCUUGUGAACGAGUCGCCACCACCACCACUGCCGCCCCCACGACUGCCACCACUUCCCGCUCACAACAACCAGCCACCACCGGCAGCCACCGACACUAG